CUUUACUGCAAGUAGCAACUGCGGCAUCUUUCUCUCUAUUGAGGUUUAUCAUCUCUUUCCAAAUUGAAUAUUUAUCAAACUAUGGAUACCGGUCGAGAUAAGACAUCUAUCAAAGGAUCUCAAACCAACGUUGCAGAAUCUAGUCAGCCACUCUUAGAAACCAUGGGAGGAGGUGAUGGAGGCAAAGGGAAUACCCCGGAAAAAGAAAGAAUUGAAAUUGAAUCCGUCAUUCAAAAGGGAUCCAGCAAAGAUAUCAACGAGCAAGAAACUGAUGGAGAAAAACGAAGACUUCGUCCACUUACUUGCAUUGAUAGUUUUACCAUGAGCAUGAAUCUAUUGGACAGAGAUGCAAUCCAUAUCAACGACCACAUUAAUAUAGCUUUCGAAGAGGUUCUAGCUGAACCUCGAGCGAACCAAAGUUUCGACCAAGUAUGGAGGUUUGCUUAUGUUCUCUUCGCUGGCACAAAACUGUGGGUGUACAAGGUUCUGGCUGCUGUGUGUGCGAUGCCUUGUGGUCUUUUUUGGGGCCUGGUCUUUUCCUUACUUAGCAUCGCUAGCGUCUGGAUCAUCACACCUGCUAUGAGAAUAGUAGACGUGCUCCUCCAUAUUAUUAGAAGGGUAUGGGGUGGAUUGGUUCGUGCUACCUUGGAUCCCGUGUUCCAGUCGGCAGGAUUACUAAUUGCUGCCAAAAGGGAACAAGUACAACAGUCAGGACAAGAAGUUUAACCACCAUUUCUUCUGUGAGACUGAUUGAUUUAUGUUAGUUAAUUCGCAGCUAUGGUUCGUUGUGUAAUGUAAUUCACUUGCAUAUUGUUAUAGUGUUGUAGGUUUACACGCAAAA